AUGGUCAAGAAAUGUGACAAGAACGACGAUGGAGCAGUGGAGUUGCUCCAAUAUGAGGCGACGGACCACAAGCUAGUCACAUUCUUGAGAGACAGAUACCAAGAGCAUCACGCUGGCGUCAACGUUGUUAUAGUUGACCGUGUCUCAAUUCAGAAAGACACCAACAUCAGGUAUACAUCUGGGUAUAUUAUUAGAUAUGACAAGACUGAGGACAACGAACUCUCAAAGGACUGGGGCGUAAUGUUACUUCCACAUCACGAAGCUGGAGCCGCGGCUUGGUUGACUUGA